AUGCUCUCCAGGGACGGUGUCGGUCUGAGCCGUAUGGAGGUUCACCUCCUCCAGAGAUUCGUGGGCCUCACUGAUUCGGGCGGGGAAGCCUACGACGAGGUUGCGAUCCCGGUAAGAGCCAUUGACGGACGCAAGAAGGGAGCUAUUUCGGGUGAGUUGGCCGAAUUUGGCCCUUCUUUGAUCGUCAUCUACGACCUACCUACUGAGAGACGUGUGCUGGCUGACAUUCAAACUCUGGUCGACGAGUACCGAGAUAGGGGAGAAAACGGUAAUCAAGCAGUCUACACCGGUUAG